AUGACCGAACAAACAACACCUACAGAAAAGAAAGACGUACCAAGUCGCAGAGGAUUCUCAGCUGAAGACGAUGCAUUCAUUAUGUGGUUCUUUUACUGUUGCCAAUAUUCAGAUAAAAAUAUAUUAACAACAGCAUUAAAAAUAACUAUCAGACAAGCUUACGAUAGAUUCUUAGAGGUGAAAAACAAUCCAAUUUUAAAAGAUCGCUGCUUAAAUUAUGUGAAAAAUAAUCUUUUUAGCUUUAAACCCGUUCCAAUUUCCAGAUUAGACUUAUAUUACUACUCAAAAAUCAAAAGGACUUUAAACAUUCUUGAUCAAAAUCAGAUUAUGGAAAAAUUUCCGUUAUUAUUCCACCCAGCUAUCUCUCCACUCGAGAUGCACAAGAAAACAAUUACAUCACCAGAUUCUCUCAACUUAGGAAUUGAAGGAUAUAUUACAGAAACUCAGCAAAGCGUUGAAGGCUUAGAACUUGAGCCAUUCCCUGGAAAUUUUGCAGAUCCGGUUGAAGAAGUACGCAAGCUUAUGGAUCAGCAGGUUGAUAUUGAGCAAGUGAACAUUAAAAAAGAAAUAGAUUCUUUGAUUGCAAAUGCUUUUAACGAUGCGCCACCAAAAACAUAUGCUGCUUUAAUUGGCCAGUUCUGUAUUCAUUAUAUUGAUAAAGCAGUUGUGAAAAUUGGUCGAAAUUCUCCAAAAAUCAAAGUUGAUAUCGAUGUUGAAGACCCAGAAAAGAAUGAUCUAUCAAAAAUAUCUCGCCAUCACUGUACACUCUUUUUGGCAAAAGAUCUGAAGUUUUAUAUCAAAAUUUUCGGAAAAACAAUAAUUAUCAAUGGUGAAUUAUUCAAUCAGGACCAAGUUAUCCUAAUGAAGAACCACGAUAUCAUAGAUAUUGGUGGUCAACCAUUGAUUUUCGUGGAAAAUCAAGAAAUAAUGUCCAAAAUUAGAUCUUUAUAA